AGUCAGAGAUAGAGAACACAAGUCAGCUUCCCCAGCAGCAGUUGUUUUAUCGCAGGCCUUGGAACGUGAAAAUUUACUCAAUUAGUUUUAAGCGCCUCACACACCUUGCAGUAGUCUGGAUCAGUUUGCCAACGUUACAGAUCAAGGAUGAGUCAGGCGGAGCAGGUCCCUGAGGACAUGCCUGCAUACCUCAAAGAUGAGCCAGUAGCUACAGAUAACAACAAGGACCACCCACAGACACAGCCGGGCAUGUUUGGCAGGUUGGCGGGGGGCUUGUAUGGCGCCACUAAGGGAGCUAUAGGAGCCACGGUGGGCGGUGUAGCCUGGAUAGGAGGAAAGAGUUUUGACCUCACCAAGACCGCAGUCAGCUCUGUAGCCGCUGUGCCUGCCGCGGGAGUGGGGCUGAUUAAAGGGGGAGUGUGCACCGUAGCUGGAGGAGUGACUUCUGUCGGCUCUGCAGUGGUCAGCAAAGUUCCCAUAGGAGGAGGCAAAAAGAAGGACAAGUCUGACUGAAGGGGAGAGGAGGAAGAGAGUGAAUGCACACAGCUGAGCUGUAUGAGCUCACACUGUGUUUGCCUGUUUUGGGAUUCAUGAGCAGGAAAAGACCAAAAGAGGACUAAAAAGUUCACUGUACAUGUUUUGGUGAGGGGUCUGUGCUUUGUUCAUUUCUUUAGUUUUUUUUUUUUUUUUAAUGUGUUUGUUGGUGAACCCACAUUUACACAGUUAUGUGGCAAGGACCUGCAAAGCAAGAAGCUACAGAGACUCCGACUCUGUUGUUAAUGGAAAACACUCCAAACUGUUAUCACGUGCCUGAAACUGUUCAAAUAAAAUGCCCGUGCUUCAUUUUUGAUAAUAAGCCACAACACUGUUAUCUCUGCACACUGUUGUACGUCUCACAUUGGUUGACUUUAGUAGAGGAGAGGAACAGAGCGUAAAUGCACUUAUAUUUCACUUGCAAGACAAUCACUGAAGAUCUGUAACUGCUAUGACGUGUUUCUUGGGGAUUGGAAAUGUCUCACUGUUAAACACUUGAGUUAAUCGCCUUUUUUCACAAAUGAACGAAUAAGUCUGAUCAAAGAGUCCGAUUUCAUAUCUAAAUCACUGUGGAUAUUUCACUUGUGAACUUUCAGGUUUUCCCCUGAAUUCACGUUGCCCUCUGGUGGUUAUAUUGUCAGCUCAGAGGAACGCAACUUGUACUUUGGAUGCAGAAUCAGAUUUAUUGCAAUGAAAAUUGUGUCACAACAUUAAAGAAAAGUCAGAAGAUUUUGAUUGCAAUUAACUUUAUUUCCUGUCAUAAUGCUAACAGAGUCACCAUGACUGUACUAGUUGUGUCUAAGUUUGUUGAAUCACAUUUUACAUAUUACACUUGUUAUGACUAACUAUAUGUUUUGAUAGUUACUGUGACAUGUUCACUCUCAGAUCAAAGUAACUCAACAUGUCUCCAAAACUAGAUAAUGGCAUGAAUCUUUGCUACUGUGCCAAAGAAGUUUAGUUCUCAAUCUUAACAUUUCUCUAAUGCUCCUCCAUAUUGCUUAGAGUCGCUGUGUUUACUGUUGUCGUGUAUCUGAUGGCUGGAUUUCUUGACAAUACAAUUUCAAGUGUCAAGUAAAUUUUAAACUGACAAACUUGUAAAAGUACUAUUAAAGAAAAAAAAUGUAAAGUUACGUUUAAGUGUAAAAGCUUUGAUGGAUGAUGCAGAACAAAUGUUUUAUCAGUGUUGCAGAAUGUUUGGAAGUUUGCAAAACAAUGAGGAUUUAUUAAAAAAUGGCAAUGUUAUAUUCAGAACUUUUCUAAAUAAAAUAUAUGCUGAAGGUUG